AUGGCAGCUCACAUGGCAAGACGCGUUUUCCGACUUCGAGUGGGAAUAUCGCGACUUCUUGCCACAACAUUUGCCCAAGGCAACAUUACUUUGUGUCAACAUAAACGUCUGGGACCAAAAGCAGCUGGUGUUUUACAAUGUAGCCAUGAAAAAAGGCCUUGCCAUAGACUAAUUCAUUCCACAUCAGUCUGCAGUGGAGAGGUUGUGCCAUUCAAUUUAUCUGAUAUUGGAGAGGGUAUUCAGGAGGUUGUCAUUAAGGAGUGGUUUGUACAGGUUGGUGACAGGGUGACCCAGUUUGACAGCACAAUCUGUGAAGUUGCCAGUGACAAAGCCGCUGUGAAAAUCACAAGUCCAUUUGAUGGAGUUGUUUGUAAGCUGUACUAUGAAGAGGAUGACACAGCUAAAGUUGGCAAACCCCUGGUGGAUAUAGAGCUCGAUGAAGGCGUGUCAGUAUUUGCUCCUGUAGAGGAUGAACAGGAUGUCCAGGUGACUUCAAACAUUGGAGUUUUGGAAGAAGCCAUAGGAUUCAGUGGCUCCAAAGUGUUGACGACUCCAGCUGUUAGGAGGUUGGCUGCAGAAAAUAACAUCAACUUGAGUGACAUCCUAGGAACAGGGAAAGAUGGCAGAAUACUGAAAGAAGAUUUACUGCGUUAUUUGGAGUCGGGGAAAGCAAUACCUGUGAUCAAAAUAGCAAAGGAGCCACAUGUACCCCCUACAUCACCUGUUAAAGCUAAAUCUAAGCCUCCUGGACCUGCACCCACACAGCCAGUUAUCUCCCCUGGUAAAGAUGUGACGCAGCCUAUCAGAGGAAUGAAGAAGACAAUGGUGAAGACAAUGACAGCUGCGCUGUCCAUACCGCACUUUGGUUACUGUGACGAGAUUAAUAUGACCUCGCUGGUCGCUCUCAGAGCUGCCCUAAGAGCCAUGGCUGAUCAACGAGGAGUCAAGUUUUCAUUUAUGCCAAUUUUUCUAAAGGCUGCAUCCUUAGCAUUACAAGAGUUCCCUAUUUUGAAUUCCUCGUUGGAUGAAAAUUGUCAAAACAUCACGUACAAGGCAUCACAUAAUAUAGGUAUUGCCAUGGACACACCACAGGGGCUUUUAGUCCCUUGUGUGAAAAAUGUCCAAUCAUUGAGUGUGUUUGAAAUAGCUGCAGAACUGAACCGCCUCCAGGAACGGGGGUCAGGAGGGGAGCUGGGACCUGAGGACCUGACAGGUGUCACCUUCACAUUAUCUAACAUUGGCACAAUUGGUGGAACAUAUACCAAACCGGUGAUUUUGCCACCAGCUGUGGCUAUUGGAGCUGUGGGAAAAAUACAGGAAUUACCCAGGUUUAAUGCUGAGGGAAACAUCUACAAAGCCCACAUUAUGCAAAUUAGCUGGUCAGCUGACCACCGAAUUAUCGACGGGGCUACCAUGGCGAGAUUUUCCAAUAUGUGGAAAAAAUACCUGGAAAAUCCUUCCUCAAUGAUUUUGGAUCUGAAAUGAGUCUUAUUGAGUGCAAAGACAUUUAUUGCUGAUAUAAACUGUGACAAGACAAAUUGCUGGGAAGACGGUGCGUUUGUCACAUGCAGACUGAUAGUCACUGAUAGUCAGUCCAGCAUGAGAUUUCAGGAACACUGUGAAUACAUUAGGUUGUGUGAAUAUUCCCCUCAUUCUCUCUCUCUCUUUCUCUCUG